UGUAUGCAGGGUUUUGCAUGCAUGCAACAGUGUGCAGUUGCUGUUCGACUGUCUCAGAUAAGCUAAAUUGUAAAUUGUUGGAGAUGAUGCUAGCACUAAAGCUGUUUUUUGUCAUCUGCUUAUCAAGAGUGGGACUGUCUACUCAAGUUGUUCCAGAAAUACUGGAUGGCCCAGUGACACAAACUGUCCCUGUGACCCAGUAUGAAGCCCAGUUCACCUGUCAUGCUCGAGCCUCUGCCGUAUUCUGGUACAUCAAUGGCGAAACACUCUUUAACAAUAUUCCCAGCUGGAUAAUACUGUACGACGAUAUACAUGACUUUCCUAAUGUUGAGGUGACGAGACGAAUCGGUGUGAGAACUCAAGGACGUAAUCGGACGAAGAUCGAGUGUCUUGCUACAGGCUCUGAUCAGGCCACUGUUAGAUCUGAACCACCUGUAUUUCUCUAUAUUGUCGAUGUUCUCAAUGCCCCUGUCACUGAGCUAGUUACGGUCAACACAACAGCUUUAAGGGUAUCCUGGUUUGAGCCGUUUGCUCACACUGGUUUUCCUAUUCUCAACUACACUCUAAUCAUUCGAAGCACUGCUGACCACUCAGCACCCCUCUACAAUGCCUCACUGAGUGCCCUGGAGUAUGUGUUAACCAUGGACAGUAUUCACAGAGAUUGCCACAAUAUAACGUUUGAGAUCAUUGCCACGAACAGUAUAGGGCCUAGUGCUGCAGGUGUCGCCAUUGGUGGAUUUCCCAUAUUUCUUGGUGACUUUCUGCUCCCUCCUGUUGUUGUAAUUACCUUCACAGCAGACUUGACCCCCAUUAUUAACGUCACAUUUAAGCCUCCAACAGUGUGCUGGUUUCAAGACGCCAAUUAUGAACUGAGAAUCCUGGAUGCCUCAACUCAAGCCCUAAGUCUUUCCACUAGAAUUGGAAGUUACCGUGGCGGUGGCAUAGCAACUAUAUCGGAAGCGUAUAAUGAUGGAGUUGAUUUGGAGAAAGUGUAUGAUGCAAUUGUUAUUAUCGAUACACUGACGGGUACCAAAAAUGCUUCAAGUCGAUUUAACACAAGCUACAGUAUCGCAUCGCAAGGGAUAGAAUUAAAUCGUGAAAACAAGACGCUUUUCUCCAAUGAAGGAGCUGAAUUUAAUCGACUGUGCCAAUACACGGGUGAUACAAACAUGCUUGACGAGCUGCAAUGGAUUCACAAUGGUGACCUAAGUCAGCCAGUACGCAAUACAUCGUCGUCAUCAGCUCUGCCGCUGGCUAUAGAGAAUGUCCAGCUCUCGCAUGCUGGGGAGUACAGUUGUAGGGUGGUGCUUAACAAUGGUAGCGUGGUUGGUCCUGUGUCGGCAGGGUUCCUCAAUGUUGCAGAUUCGUCCCAGCUGAUUGUCCCGCCAAAACAGUACGUACUGAAGGGUGGUAGUAUUACACUCGAGUACUCGACAACGCUAACGGAUAAUGUGUUGGGGGUGUGGCAACAUGCUUCGUCAAAUACACCUGCCGAUCCCGUGAUAACAAAUGCCCAGGUGGAGAACGAGUUGGCUGGAGAGUAUCGAUACAAUAUCUUGUUUUAUUUGACGGACACUGCUGACCAAGUGAACACUCAGCGACAAUCGGAAGCUAUUGUAGUAGUUCCUCCAUGGAUCACCGCCUACUCUCAGUCUCCGAUACAAGUCAGCGGAGGAUCCACACAAUCCCUGAGGGUCUCUUUUGUGAGCAGGACAAUGAACAGUACUACUGUCAGCUGGACCAGACUCAGUGGGAACAUGCCCUCGGGGGCACAGGUGGAAACAGUUUGGUUGGACGAUGGUUUCGGUAAUGCAACGACUUCUCUCAACUUCAACUCUCUAACUAGAAGUGACAGUGGUCAGUAUCAAGUGACUAUCACUAACUCUUAUGAAGUGGUUCCAGUAGACCAGAGAACAGUCAGCAAAAUGUUUGAGUUUACUGUAAAAGUACCGCCUGCUCUACCGACUUCACUAACAGCCGCUAGUAUCAAUACAACACGUUACAAUAUCACAUGGACUCUCACUCACACCACACCCGAUCAACAAGCCUCCACCCUGUUCAUUAACGUCUUCCAACCGUCCCCUACCAUCAUUCAGGUGCCCUCCUCAGUCAGUGAGAUCUUUGUUUUUGAGGUGGAGCCUGGUAACGAUUACAUCCUCUCUUUGACAGCAGCCAAUGUGGACGGGAGUGUCAGCACUGAUCCUGUAGUGUUCACUACUCCUGCAGCAGCUCCCCUCAUCAUCUCUGCUGAUGUUCAACGUCUCAACUCGACUGCUUUAAGCCUCACCUUUGACCUGCACUAUACUGGAGGAGGUGACAUUACUACCAUCUCUUUAUCAGUCAAUGGACGUACUUUCCCGGUCAGUGACGUGCGAUCAACGUCCCGGAACACAUGGACGGGAAUGGUGGUCAGUGACGAGGUCAUGAGUUUGGAGUAUUCGACUGACUUGGAGUUCUCUGUAUCUCUCACAAACCAGCGAUCUCUGACAAUGGCGGCCAGCACUAGACAGAGCUUCAUUCUCCCUGGGGCCCCGACUGUUCAAAUGUCCGUCACGGAGACCUCCAUCAUUCUGCAAGUGACGCUGUUAGGAAUAGCCACGGAGCCAAUAGAAUAUAUCGUCGUGGAGAUACGUGAUAGUACCCAACUAGUUGCGAUGACUAAUCGUACUGGAGCAUUCUCACGAGGGGAGGUGGUUGAAGUGACUGUUGGCGGGUUGAGCCCGGGAACACAGUACACAGCUGUGGCUUACGGGGUCAACGCUGGCGGUGCGGGGGAACAAAGCAGUCUGUUUACAUUCAGCACGGCUGACUCCAGCAUGAUACUGUCCCAGGAGGCCAUGAUAGGUGUCACCAUUGUGGGCUCGGUGGUAGGUACCGUUGCCUUGGUGUUGGCCAUCAUAGGCUGUUUCUACUGUAUCAGGCGAUGCAAGACCGGGGGAGGGAAGAAGUACUGCACUGCAGAAGCAAUCGGCUUUACAAAUGGUCAGAAGAAUUGAAGUGAAGUUUGAAGUGAAGCCAGUUGAAAAACUUUAGCUGUAGAUAUGAAUAUUAGUAAUUAGAGCUGUGAUUAUAACGUUUUCAGGGAUUUUACUGUUUUUGGAUGCGAUAUUUUAAAUGCAAUAUAUAAUAUUUCA